AGCACGCUUUUAGCGCUAUGAGCUUAUAUCAUGUGCACAUGAGAUUAGAUUUAACCUUUAUUGUUCAUAAAAUAUCUUUUACAAAUUCAUUAUAAAUGUACAUUAUAAACGAAAAAAAUGGUUAGCAUGGAUUUUCUCGAUAGUAUCAUAUCUACGCUUGAUAAUAUUCAAUCGUUAGAACGAGUAAAGAGUGGGAAAGCUAAAGUUGAUAUAACAGAUCUUACAAAACGUGUCUAUGAUUUUACUAAAGUGCAAUUUUGUAGAAAUACAAAUGCAUUACCAGAAUUAGUUACCGAAGGCUUUGACGAAGAGCAAAUUUGGCAACAAUUGGAACUACAAAAUGAAGACGAAAUACCAUAUCUUUCUAAUGAGAUCUCAAAAACUAGUAAUAAAAAGUUAAUGAUUCCAGUAAGUUCUAUGAAACCUGAACUUAUGGAGAUUGAAAAUGAUAAUUUAGAACAAGAGAAUGAAUAUACAUCUGAUGACAAAGAAUCAAAGGAUGAAACUGAAGAAAUCAAAGGCAAUUUAAGAAAAAGAAAACAUGAUAAAAAGAAGAAAAAAAAAUCCUCUAUUGUAGAUGACAAAUUCUUUAAAUUACAAGAACUGGAUGAGUAUUUGACUAAAGAAGAAAAAAAAGAAAAACAGGAUGAUAAUGAUGAUGAAUCUGAUAAUGAAUCGUUAGAUUUAUUUAACGAUAUUUCCGAGGAGGAAAAUGAAGAUAAUGCUGAAGGGAAAUAUAUAAAAUAUGCAGACUUUUUUGACAGUCCCGAAAGCGAAAAUGAGCAACUUGAUGGAAAUAAAAAUUCAGAUCAUGAUGAGAAUAUUAAUGAUUCUGAGGAGGAGAAAUUGGAAAGUGAAGAUGAAGAAGUGAACGCUGAAGAAAUAGACGAUGACGACGAUGAUGACGAAGACGAAGAGAGUCAGAAAAUCAAGAAAGUUAGAUUCAAUCUUACUAACGACUCGGACGAGACUGAUAGUUUAGAGAAUAAAGCAAAUCUUAGGAAGGAAGAUAAAGAGGGAGAAGAAGUAGAAAAAGACAUGAGACCGAAAUCUACUUUAGAGGUUCGUCAAGAGAGAUUGUUGACAAGGAUUAAGGAGUUGGAAGAGGAAGCAAUUGGUGAGAAACCUUGGCAGUUAAAGGGAGAAGUGAGCGGUCCAAAUCGACCACAGAAUUCUUUAUUGGAAGAAUUUGUGGAAAUUGAUAUAAACACAAAGCCAGCUCCUGCAAUUACUGAAGAAACCACUAUGAAGUUAGAGGAUAUAAUUAAGCAGCGGAUCAAAGAUAAGGCUUGGGAUGAUGUUGAGAAGAAGUUCAAGCCAGUCGAGACUCCGUUGGAAUAUAAGAAACAGUUGAUAUUAGAUCAGGAGAAGAGCAAGGAGAGCUUGUCACAAAUUUAUGAGAAAGAAUACUUACAGCAGAAGCAAACAUUAAAUCCCGAGAAUAAGGAAAAAAAACGGGAAGAAUCACAAUUGCAUAGUGAAAUUCGACAAAUGAUGCGUUCUUUAAUGUCGAAAUUGGAUGCACUAUCUAAUUAUCAUUAUACUCCCAAGUUGGCUAAACCCGAAAUUAAAAUUAUUAGCAAUGUGCCUGCAAUUAGAAUGGAAGAAGUGGCACCAGUCACAACUAGUGAUGCUACUUUGUUAGCACCUGAAGAAAUUAAAACUAAACCACGUGGUGAUGUUAUUGGUAAAUCAGAAAGAACGAAAACCGAUAUGAAACGCGAGAGAAGGCGGAAGAAAUUGAAGCAACGAAAUAAACAACAGGCAAUAGAAAAGAAAGAGAAAUUAAAGGCAUUAAAACCAGGAAUCUCUAAAAAAUAUGAAGAUAAAAAGGAAAAGGCUAUGUUGCUUAAAAAAGUAACUAAAGAUAGAAAUAUUACGAAAUUAGAUGAGACGACGCAUAAAAUCGCGAAAUCCUCAACUGCAUUCUUUGCGCAAUUACAAAAUCAAGUUAAAAAUAAAAUCAAAAGAAAAGAUAGCUCGACCAAGAAAAAAGAUAAUAUAGAUUCAGCUGUAAAGUUGAAAUUAUAAAUUUAUUAUAUUUUUAAUUUGUUUAUAUUUAAUAAAUAUACCUAAUAAAAAAAUUUAAAUAAAAA